GACAGCUGUUCGCUGUCUUCCCGAUCAUCUCAGGCUCCGAUCAUGGAAGGAAAAUGUCAAAAUUCCGAUUUCGAUGCAAAAUGCUUGCUGGCGCAGUUGAAUACGGCGAGAAAAGAGAUAAACAAUUUAAGGCAACAGAUACGUAAUCUCCGUUACGUCCAUGAUAAAGACGUCGAGGGCAUCAAACGCCUCGUAGGAUCGCGAACAGCAGAGAAAAAGUCGUUCAUGUCAAAACCAGACAUUUCGAAAACACCCUUGCCAAGCACGAGCAACGAAGUAGAUGAAGGUCUCAAGUUGAAACCCAUUGGAGUCGUGUCAACAUGGUUUCCUAACAAACGAGGGACGCCACGACAACCUGGAAUAUGCGAUAAGGCACCAGGGAAAUUAACACUUUUUAAUUCUAUCUUUACCAAUCCUGAACAUGCCUUAGAUGGCCUUCAAGACUUCUCACACAUGUGGAUACUCUUCCACUUCCAUAGGAACGAGUCAACUCAUGUACGUGCUAAAGUAGCGCCACCCAGACUAAACGGAAUACGAACCGGAGUAUUUUCGACCAGAUCACCGCACCGACCUUGUCCGAUAGGUCUGAGCCUUGUUAAAAUCAUAAAAAUAGUGAAUUGCACUAUUUUCUUCGAGGGCGUAGAUAUGGUGGACCAAACACCAGUGUUGGACAUCAAACCUUACAUACCGCAGUACGACAACCCGUUGUACGUUGAAAAGUACAGCAGUAGAGAAUUGGAGAGAAGUGGUAUUCUUGAUCGGGAAUCGCGAGGAAAUAUUGAUGAAAGGACAAAUCUAAACUUGGAUUCAAGUGAACGAUUGAGCAGGCAAAAUCUUGUUGCAUCUGAAACGAGCAAUGGCUUUAGAACUACGUUACACGAACCUCAUUAUGGUAGUACUGAUGGUGCAGCGCACGGCACAGAUAUUUCUAGAGAUGAGGAAAUCGCACUCAGACUACAGGCGGAAGAGUUUGAUGGACAUUCGGAAUUCGGUAACUACUUAGAAGCUAGAAACUGUUACCGACCAGUUGAUAGGAAUUUAGAUAUUGUCACAGGAUUUGAUAAUAAUAGAAGCGUCACACUUGGUACCAGCAACUUGGAUGGGAACAGGGAGAUGUCUAACGGGCUAAAUACGGACCUGGGUUCAUUUGACGAACGAGAAUUAUUGAGUCCAGAAAUUUCUCUACAAAGUACUGUAGAUUCUAUGCAAAAUUCCACACAUAAUUCCAGAAAUGGUGGAAUCGUCCCCAGAACUUUGGAAUUGCACAAUGAGAAUACAGUGUUUAAUAUACAACAUAUCGACCUGAAUCCUCAAGCUAAUAGAACAAUGUCCUUCAAUUCGAGAAAUGCUGAGGUUAACAAUCCCAUUGAUCAAAUAUCGCGAAAUACUAGGCUAUUAGACGGUGCCGACGGAAUAAGUACUGACUUAGAUUUGAUUGACCUGCGUGCAGCAAAUUCGAGGCUUGAUAAUUCUCCAAUUCGAAUGGGUAUUAGAGAAGCGCCUGAUGGCGAAGAAGGUUUUACGUCGCAAACUUUGUCAAAUAUACAAGGAAUGGCUGGAUCCGCAGUUUCUCAGAAUGCUGGGAAUGGUCAGAACAUUAGAAUUGAAAGUAGAGGUCACAUGAACUUGGGGCAGGAAGAAAAUUCUUCUAAUGUAAGGAUACCAGAUUGGAUAUCGAGAUCGCGUGUUUCGGCGUUAACUGUAACAUUUAAUGAACGAGCUUUGGUACAGUUGAACGAAAUUCUAGGAGACAAAGCGGACCAGCAGAAACAUGCUAUAGAAAAUGUUUUAUGUCAAGACCCUAGGUCAGUUUACUUGAGGCAACGUUGGGCCAAUCAGUUCUACACAUUUUUAAUUCACGAAUUACAUAUCAGUUGUAGAUUUGACGAUAACAGACAUAUUGUUACAGUUUUCCAAAUCCGUCAUGCGGGUAGGAUGUGUGAAUGUGGAGAGCCAGAGUGGCAGUGCUUAGGGCAUUCCCCCCUUACGUAAUAGCUUUUAUAUUUAUGAUGCAGAGUUUGUAACGUAUAUACUGCUCUUUAGUUUUAGCCAUGUAUAAACAAGCCCUGCUAAUGUUGACUAGUGAAUGUAUCGCUCUAUGCAGGCAAUGUAGUCCAAUUUGAAAGUUAUUGUACUUGUUGUACUAGAAUUUCAAAAAGAAAAUACACAGUAACAGAAGAUACCGUAACAUUCAUAGCUGUCCAUUAUAACAAAAGAAAUUAAUCAAAUAUCAGUUUGAAUUAAUGCUAUAUGUUUUGGUCUCGAAAGAAGUAUGCUACAAUGAAUCGGAUAUGGACAUUUCCGGAUAUACCCGAUGAUAUGUGUGAUGAA